AAGUUUGAGUAUGCCCGGCUCAAAGAGGUCCUCGGUGCUGUGACACAGGAGAGAGAUACAGCCCUGUGGGAGAGGAACCAGCUCCAAGGCAAACUGGAGAACCUAGAGCAGGUGCUCAAGCAUAUGCGCGAGGCUGCGGAGCGGCGGCAGCAGCUGGAGGUGGAGCAUGAGCAGGCGUUGGCGGUACUCAAUGCCAAGCAGCAGGAGAUUGACCUCCUUCAGAAGGCUCAGGUUGUGGCUAAAAAGGAACAUGAGGGCGCCGUCCAUCUGUUAGAGAACCACUUGGACAGCAUGCAGGCCAAAGUCCGCGAGCUGGAGGAAAAAUGUCGGUCUCAGAGUGAGCAGUUCAACCUCCUUUCAAAGGAGCUGGAGAAGUUCCGGCUUCAUGCCGGGAAGUUUGAUAUCCUCAGUACUGAACCCAUAACAGUGUGUGAAUCCCCUGGUUCACCUGACAAAUCCCUGUCCCAGCUCCUAAAUGGAUUGGCUGCCCCCAAAGAAAAAGGCAAUGAGGGUCCAACAAGUAAAUCUUUGAUAUCUGAGUUCAUUCGUCCUCUCCAAAUCAGCAAAGACAAACCCGAGCUUCUGUCUGUCAAGCCAACGUUCGUCAGUCAUACCCGAACCAGCAGCCCAGCACGGCCUUUCCUUUCUGAGAUGGACAAAGAUCUCCACUCAACUUCUAGAUCCAAGCUGAGGUUCACGGGGAAGGUUCGUCUGUGUAUUGCUCGCUACAGUUAUAAUCCCUAUGAUGGGCCAAAUGAGCAUCCUGAAGCAGAGCUCCCCCUGGUGGCUGGAAAGUACCUAUAUGUUUAUGGGACCAUGGAUGAAGAUGGUUUUUAUGAAGGAGAGCUGCUCGAUGGACAGCGUGGGCUUGUCCCAUCUAAUUUUGUGGAUUUUGUCCAAGAUGAGGAGUCAUCCUGUGUUCAACACAGGGACGUGACUAAAGAAUCUGGCUACCUCAACCACAGUAGCCUGGGUGCUCAGAGACUUUGGGCUGGUGCAGGAUCGGGCUCAGGAAUCUGUAGCCUCCUGUCUGACAAUAAACUGGACUGUCUCAGCACCAGCAGCCUGGGUGUUGAUCUUCAGGGCUCAUCCAGCAAUGGGACAGGGACCUUGGACGUCAGCAUUGACGAGGUUGGUGAAGACAUUGUGCCUUAUCCCCGCCGCAUCAGCCUGAUUAAACAGCUGUCCAAAAGUGUCAUUAUUGGCUGGGAUCCUCCUGUGGUGCCUCCGAGCUGGGGCUCAAUCAGUGGCUACAAUGUCUUGGUGGAUAAGAAGGUGCGAAUGAGUGUCCCGUUUGGGGGCAGGACAAAAUCCCUCAUUGAGAAGCUCAACCUGGCCACCAACACCUACCGCAUCUCAGUGCAAAGCGUCACUGAACAGGGUCUGUCCGAUGAGCUGCGGUGCACACUGCUCAUAGGAAAGGAUGUGGUGGUGGCGCCUUAUUACCUGCGGGUGGACCACAUCACACAGGUCUCUGCUGAGCUCUCCUGGAUGCCCAGCAGCAGCAACCACAGUCACACCAUUUUUCUCAAUGGGGCAGAGUAUGACAUGGUCAAGGCAGGAGGCUACAAAUACAAGUUCUUCAACCUGAAGCCCAUGACCGUUUACAAGGUGAAGGUUGUGGCACAACCACAUCAGGUGGCUUGGCAACUUCCUAUGGAGCAAAGGGACAAGAGGGAAAUCUCUGUGGAGUUCUGCACUCAGCCUGCAGGGCCUCCUCUGCCUCCUGAGGAGGUACAGGUCCAGUGCAGUCAGAUGCCCGGGGUCCUUCAGGUCAGAUGGAAGCCGCCGCCUCUGACAACUGCAGGAACCUCGAAUGGCGCCUGUGUGAUUGGCUACGCUGUGUGCACAAAGGGACAAAAGAUAGCUGAGGUCUUGUACCCCACAGCAGACUUUGUGACUGUGGACUUAAACCGGAUUCAGUGUCUGGAGGCCAGGGAAGUCAUUGUAAGGACUUUGUCAACACAAGGAGAGUCCCAGGACUCGCCAGUGGCCAUCAUCCCACACAAUCUACUGGGCUCUCCACACCUCUCCCACCAUGCCACUGCACCUCCCCAGCCAAUGCCCCAUCCAGAUCAUUCACAAACCCAUCCUCCUUACCCAUCAACCUACCCACCAAUUCACCCUCAGCCCCAGGUCCAGCCCCUGCCUCGAGCCCAGCCCCACACACUGCCCCACUCUCAGCCCAUUCACCACCCCCCUCCGCAUCCCCAGCCUCAUUUCCAACAACACCCAAUGCCCAUGUCCAAACCUUUAGCAAGUGCCAGAGAGCCAGAAACCAAAGAACAUGAGGCGGUCCAGCGGUCAAGCCAACUGUGGGAGCGAUCCCCCUCUCCUGUGCCUCCCAUGCAUGGACCCAGUCUGGAGCCACCACAGUUCCAGCCACGGCAUUCACCCUCUCCUCAAAGAAUCCUUCCACAGCCUCAGGGAGUCCCCAUUCCCAACACCAUCGCCAAGGCAAUGGCCAGAGAAGCUGCCCAGCGAGUGUUUGCUGAGGGCAACGGGGUGCAGAAGAGAAAUGUCUUCAGUGACCAUGGUAAUGGCCUACCUCCACUCAACUCUGAUGAAGAGGAAGACGGCCGUGACUCUCCGUACACACGGCGGAGAGGGGCCUCCGUAGACGAGUUCCUCAGAGGCUCAGAACUCAGACAGCAUCAUCAUCAUCAUCAUCAUCACCACCACUACAGCCAGAGCGAGGAGUACCACACGGAGAGCAGCCGGGGCUCCGACCUGUCCGACAUCAUGGAGGAGGACGAGGAGGACCUGUACUCAGAGAUGCAGCUGGAAAAGGGUCGCAAACACAGCAUCAACUCUCACAGCACGCUGAAGGCGUAUUACAAACAUCAGGACCUGGCUGAGGACAGAGACUGCUGGGACCUCCAGAGGGAGGUGGUGAAGCAGAGGUCUCUGCGCAGUAAGCGUCUUCACAGCAUCCCUGAGGUAGCUGAGGAGGAGUCCGACAGCGUGGACAGCACGGGCCAACAGCUGAGCUUUGAAAACAGCAGACCGCCAGGAAUGGCACUCACACAGCAGAGGAGUCCGUGCACAUACCAGCAGGAUGCCCACAUACACAACCAUCUGACCGCCAGCAAGACUGUGCGUCAUCUGCAGCGUCAGCGCUCUUCCCCUCGCUUCACGGACAGUUACUACUACUACAGCACAGAGGAAAGCAGUCUGGGUCGACCGAGCCGACAGAACACCAAGAGUCCCGACAGCGGAUUAGACUGUGGCAGUGAGGAAGAAGGCUCUCUAGGUCGAGGCCACCGUGGAUACUACACCCAUGGGAGCCCCACACGGGGACCUGUGCGCAUCAUCCACUGCGAGGGCCCAGUGGAACGGCGAGCGUUGGCCAUGGGCCGGAAAAGAACUUUGACCCGACAGUGCAGCGUGGACGAGGAAUUCUCUGAAGUGUUGCCAUCAGCAGUCAAGACGGUACACACAGGUGACUUUAGGAACAGGGAGCACUUUGGGCCCAGUCGUGAGGCGGGGCCUCGAAACUACUCCAGGGAGGGGGCCCUGAGCGAAGGCAGGCUGAACGAGCUGCACAGGGUCUAUUACAGUCCCUACAGGGAGGCUAGGGCCCAGUCUCUGUCCAGGCUCACCUGGGACCCGUCUCUGAUCAUUGGGAACUCGCCGUCACGUGGAUGCACUGAUCGCCUGGACCACUCGGGGCGGAGUCCGGUCCAAAUGGGCACGCCCCCUCAGCGGCGGCCCAUCCCGUCCAUUGAGAUCACCAUGGACAGUAACAGUGAGGGGAGUGAGGGGAACCUCUCACCUGUCAAGGAGGAUGUUUACUAUGGCAGUGUAGCUCGCCGCAGGAUGUGGCGAUCUGUGUCGUCAGAGCAACAAUAUGAUGGCUCCAGCGGGCGCAGACACAGCCGAGGACGGCGCUCACCUGAGUACUUUGAGGACUCCGAUCCAGAGGACUUGACCCGGGUGUUCGUGGCUCUCUUUGAUUACAAUCCCCUCUCCAUGUCUCCGAACCCUGAUGCUGCUGAUGAGGAGUUGCCUUUCAAGGAAGGCCAGAUCAUCAAGGUGUUUGGCAAUAAAGACAAUGAUGGCUUCUACAGGGCAGAGAUCCACGACCGCGUGGGUCUGAUCCCCUGUAACAUGGUGUCUGAGAUCCAGACAGAAGAUGAUGAGAUGGUGGAUCAGCUCCUGAAACAGGGCUUCCUCCCACUCAACACUCCUGUGGACAAGUUAGUAAACUGCGACCAUUACAAAGAUGAACGCUCAGUCAAUCGUAGAUCCAGAAAAUCUAAGAGAGAGAGAAACAGAAGAAGCGGGCGUCAGCACCCGAUGUCAACACAUCGGAUGGUGGCACUGUAUGAUUACGACCCGCGAGAGAGCUCUCCAAACAUCGACAUUGAGUAUGAAGGCCGCACACUGAGCGAGGAGGCAGAACUGACAUUCUGUGCCGGUGACGUCAUCACAGUUUUUGGGGAAAUAGAUGAAGAUGGCUUUUAUUAUGGCGAACUUAAUGGACACAAGGGACUUGUUCCUUCCAACUUUUUAGAAGAAGUGCCUGAUGAUGUAGAGGUUUUUCUCUCUGACUCACCAUCUCGAUACCACCAGGACUCUCCAGCACGGAUAAAGACCAAAAGGGUACAUGGUCCUUUGCAGUACUAGCCCUUUGUCAUUCACUUGCUUUCUCCAGCUCCCUCAAUCUCCUUCAAUUACGUGUUUGUGCCUGUGUGUGUGUGUGUGUGUGUGUGUGUGUGUGUGUGUGUGUGUGUGUGUGUGUGUGUGUGUGUGUGUGUGUGUGUGUGUGUGUGUGUGUGUGUGUGUGUGUGUGUGUGUUGUGUGUCUCUUUGGUGAAGGUACGAUGGGACUUCUGAAUUUACACUGUACAUAAAUAGAAGCCAAUAAACUUUGAGACUAUUACUUGACUAA